AUGCAGAUCCACGCAGGGGCUCCUGAGCCUGAUCUCUCUAGGUCUACUGUGGGAGAAUUCGUGGUCUCCCUGAAGGCAGCCCUGCACACCUCCCCUCCACUGCCCAGGAUGCUCUAUGUCCAAUCUGUGACGGCCUUUGAAAUGGACAAUCAAACAGAUGUCACUGAAUUCAUCUUCUUGGGAUUUUCCAACCACCCCAAACUACAGGGGCUGUUUUUCCUGAUCUUCCUGGUCAUUUACCUGACAACCCUCCUGGGGAACAUCCUCAUAAUAACGGCCACCAGGGUCAGCCCUGCCCUUCACACUCCAAUGUAUUAUUUCCUCAGCAACCUGAGCUUCCUGGACAUCUGCUACACAUCCACCACCGUCCCAGUCGUGCUGGUAAACUUCUUCCGAGAGAGGAAGACCAUCUCAUACGAGGGCUGCCUCUCCCAGAUCUUCUUCCUUGUGACCUGUGCUGGCACUGAAUGUCUAUUAUUGGCUGCUAUGGCUUAUGACCGCUAUGUAGCCAUUUGCCACCCUCUUCAAUAUCCAGUCCUCAUGAGUGUGAAGGUCUGUGUGUGUUUGGUGACUGGGUCCUGGCUGUGUGGGCUGGUCAAUUCCACAACACACACAGUGCUGACAGUCACCCUCACCCUGUGUGGGCCCAACCAGAUCAGCCACUUCCUCUGUGACAUCCCACUGCUCCUGAAGCUCUCCUGCUCAGACACCUCUGUCAAUGAGUCUGUGCUCCAUGUGGCCAGUGCCACCAUUGGCCUGAGUCCCUGCCUGUUUACUGCAAUGUCCUACAUACUCAUCAUCUCCACCAUCCUUAGGAUUUCCUCUGCUCAAGGCAGGAGCAAAGCCUUCUCUACCUGUGCCUCCCACCUCACUGUGGUGGUCGUCUUCUAUGGAAUGGCCAACUUCAACUAUGACCGGCCCAGUGAAGGUUACUCACUGGACAUGGACAUUCUGGUCUCUGUGCUCUUCUGUGUUAUGACCCCCAUGUUGAACCCCAUCAUCUACAGUCUGAGAAACAAGGAGGUCAAGGGAGCCCUGAGCAAGUUGGUUGCUGACCAGAGGUUCUAG